AUGGCUCCCAGGAAUGCAGGAUGGGCAAGAAAAGUUCAAGAGUUAGAAGAAAAGAAUGCUAAGCUACAAGAUUCAUACAAUGUAUUAUUAGCAAGGCUAGAGACAAUUGAAUCCAAUCAGAGAAGAGAAAUAAAUGAUGAUGAAGAUACUGAAGAAGAAGAAGAACAGAAUAAUGAAGAAGAGGAACAACAGGUUGAUCCUGAAGAGAAAAGGACACUUAGGAUCCUGAAAGCUAUGAAAGGAGAUAGCUACAAGGUAAGGAAAGACAUUCCAAUUUAUGAUGGAAGUCUAAAAGAAGAGGACCUACUGGACUGGAUUGCAUCUAUGGAUGCUUAUUUUGAAAGUGAUGAUAUACCUGAGGGACAAAGGGUCAAGUUGGCAAAGACCAAAUUGAAGGGACAUGCACUCCUAUGGUGGGAUCAUGAGGAGGCUGAAAGAAGAAAAAGAGGUAAGACUAAAAUCACUUCUUGGGAUAGAAUGGUUUCAAAAAUGAAAAGUAAUUUCCUUCCUAAAGAUUUUGAAGUUCAAAUGCAUAAGAAGAUGCAGGGCUUAAAACAAAAAGACUUGGAUGUAAAGGCAUACACGGAUGAGUUCUACAAACUAAGCAUGAGAUCAGGUUUGGAUGAAGAAGAAGUUGUCAAGGUUGCAAGGUAUUUAGGAGGUUUGAAGUUUGCCAUUCAAGAUGAGUUUACUGCUGCAAAUCCCAAGAGUGUGAAAGAGUGUUAUCAGAUUGCUUUAAGGAUAGAGGAGAAAUUAAAAAGGAGAAGUGAAAGACACGAUGCAAGGGGAGGAUCUUCCAUGAGAGGAAGAGGAAGAACAACCCAGGUAUGGGAAGAAAAAGAUAAAGAUAAAGGUACAAAUUCUGAUUCAAGAGGAGGACAAAAUCAGAGAGGUGGUAGGAGUGGACAAGGAAGAGGAAGUGGUUUGUUUACCGGCACAUGCUUCACAUGUGGAAAGGUGGGGCAUCAAUCCUAUAAAUGUCCUGACAAAGAGAAGAGGGUACAACUAAUUCAAGGAGAAAAUGAAGAAGAAGAGGAGGUAAGGAAGAUUGGUAAUGCAGGCCCUGAGACAGGAGACUUCUUAAUGUUUAGGAGAGGCAAGGAAUGGACACCACAAGUAAGUAUUUUUAGGACAAAUUGUUUGAUACAAGGUGAAGUUUAUAAUUUGGUCAUAGAUUCAGGUACUUGCAGCAAUUUAAUUUCAUGGGAUGUUAUUAAUGCAUUGAAGUUACCCAUUCAACACCAUCCUAGGCCAUACUAUGCUACAUGGGUGGAGGACAAUCAAAAUUUUCUUGUGCAUUAUCAGACCAUGGUAAACUUUUCAAUAGGUGAAUAUACUGAUCAAAUGUUAUGUGAUGUUGUCAAUAUGAAUUGUGCACAUGUCAUCUUAGGCAGAUCUUGGCAAGUGUCUAGGAAAUUGAUGCAUGACUGUUAUACAAAUGUUUAUACCUUGUGGAAGAAUGGAAAAAGGAUUAAUCUAACACCAUUGCCUUGUAAAGGACACGAGUCUCUUCUCAUAGGGAGCAUCAAGGAACUUGAUUCUGGUCAAACAAAAGGUGGAGUAAAGAUAAGACAACAACCAAUGGUGAAGAAUGCAGUCCAACAAAUUCAGAAUUCUCUGCCAGAGAUGGGGACAAAAUUUCAAGGUGGUGAAGGAGUGUGGGUUGGUCAGCUAUAUUGUCCUAUUAAAGGACCUGAAAAGAACAAUAAUAUCAGAGUACAAUAG